AUGGCGGACGAUGGAUUGUGUAUAGGAGACUCUAUCUGUCUGUAUUCUGAGGAGUUGUUUGGAUAUGUGUACGCUUUCCAGUCAAGCACGAUUCACGCGGAAGUAGCCGUGGCGCCCAGACAAGACAGGAUCAAACCAUAUGUACCCGACCCACAAGUGUUCACGUUUGAAGUCUGCGUAGCUAAUAGAUACAAGCUGAACAAGAAGUAUCGAAAACUAAAAUCCAAGGCGAAUAACUUCCCGGAUAAUAUCACAGCAAAGCACUAUGCUUCCCAGGCUAAGAUCGGCGCGGAUGCCGAGAAUGAAGACAACCUUACAGAACAGCGGCGACAACUCGGGAAGAAGGUUUUGUACGGCCAAAUCAUACAGCUUCGACAUGCCUUUUCGGGGAAAUAUGUUCAUGUCAGUACAACGCACACGUCGAAAACUGAGUCGAGCAAUAUGCAGGUUUCCCUUCACGAUCAUAACGCUAAACACGCCCAUUUCCGGAUUAUGCCACGAUACAAGGUCAAGGCUGAAGGCGAUAUUGUCCAAGUGGACGAUCAGAUUGUGUUGGAGAGCGUGAAGUCCGGGGGUCAGUAUCUACACGUGAGCAAGGUGCCUUUCAGUGCGGCUAAUGUCUACAGCUUCAGUCAUGAGCUCAACUUGUCCGUCAUCCAUUCCGGGUUUACAAUAUACAGACGGUAUAAAAAGUCCAAAGAACAUGUCAAUAUGCUCCGGGCAGGUGAGUUGGUGCGGUUUUUUCACAAAGAGAUUGAGGCGUACCUGGUGGCUGAGGGUCUGUUUGAUGAUCAGGUUACUGAAGACGUUCACCUGAGAUUACGUGCAGUGGAUCAGAGUAAUCCCAAGACGAUGUUUCCAUCCAGCUCGGCCAUCACGUACUGGCAGAUCGAGCUCCUCGAGGGACCCACGGCAGGUGGCGUCGUCCGAUGGGAGCAACAGUGCCGAAUCAAACACAUGACUACCCGUCAGUAUUUGACUGUGGAGAAGAACGGGUCCAUCGGGCUCACGCAAAAACAUCUUGACCCCAAAAACGUCUUCAAACUUCACCCAGUUAUAAAGGAAGCAGAGGAGAUUGGGUAUGAUACUUUCUGUAGAGUCGAGCACGUGCUCUCCGGGACGUGGCUUCACGCAUCUACAGAGGAAUACAAGAGAAAAGAGUUCGAAGGGACAGCAGAUGACGAUAAAUCUAUGGCUGGGCUAAAGUGGACGACAGCAGCGUUCAAAAAGGUGGUGGCAGUACCGGAGAAGCAAUACGACGAUGCCUUCACCUUACAGGUUGUGGACCCACAGGACGUUCAGAUUUUUAACUACAUGGCUGGGAUGGUGCCCUUUGUACAGAAACUCAUCGCAGAGAAACAAUCCGACAUGUUGCUGGACGCUAAACAGGCGUUUGAAUUCGUCAGUACCUUGAAAGAAAUGAAGAGCUUUAUGAUAGUGAACAGCGUUCCUGACAAGAAGAGACAGAAGCUAAUGAGGAAUUUGAGGAUCGUGGAGCUUUUAGUGAGGCUGUUGAAGAUUCCCUAUAGACACACCAAAGACCAACACCACCUGACAAAAGUAUUCGUAGAGGCGUAUGAUGUUUUGUACACCUACCUCAUGGGAAACAGUCGCAAAAACGAGCUAUACAUAGCUAAACACAUUCCCUUCUUCCAGACUCAAAUAGAAUAUGAGGGAGACAUCGGUCUUAAUGCCGCACACAUGACCAUGGAACUCAUCAAAGAUAACCGCAAAAUCGUGGACAGAAUCUCUAAAGAACAAAUCAACCAUUUUGUUGAACUGCUCAAGAAGAACAAGAAUUAUCGUUAUCUGGAUCUCCUCAGUGUACUCUGUGUGUGUGAUGGCGUCUCCAUUCCUGACAACCAAUCCUUUAUCACCAAAGUCUGGUUACAGGAAGGCAAGAACUGCGUGUUUUACACUGAGCUGGGCCAGGUCAUAAACAGAACAGAGAACGUGGUGUAUGUCUCAACGGACAAUUCUAGGACAUGGCAUCCACUACAUGAUUUUGCCAAGCGGACCAUGGAGAUAUCUAAUAGGGCGAAAUCUGCAAAAGGGCGGACCGUAAAUCCCGAGGAGCUGUCACUCAGGCAGCGCUCACGACUCGCUGAAAAGGCAGGCGGAGCAUGGAUAGAAAUCACUGUUAAAUCAGCAGCCAGUGAAGAUGAACAGUUUGAGUUUCUGGAGCACCAGCUGGACCUCUUCGGAAAACUCUGCUAUGGUCGUAACGAGAACUGCAUCCGGGUGAUUACGACGGAACUAAAGUACCUGAGUUGGGAGGAGGCCUUUAUUUGUCUGACCAAUCAGGAGCUACCUGAUCAGCUGCGGGCUAAAUACUGUGACCUUAUUAUAGCCCUUUUCGUGGACGUGGGAGAGAAUUUCUCGCUGCUGGACAUCAUCAACCUGACCUUUAUUUACGAUGACGUGGGCAAAGAUAAGAAAGACAACCGACCACUAACGGCAGUUGCGGGGAAAUCGGGGCCAACCAAAAGCCGUGUAACAACGAGAGCAUUCACCCAACUUCGUGAUUGGAUAACUGGAUUUCUAGACGCAAAUCACGACAUGACGGCAUCUCUGAUUGGUCAUAAUAUGUUGGUGGAACAGGUGUUACGACUGAUCAGUUAUCUGGUUAAAUACGGCUUCUAUGAUAAGAAGGAAGACAUCAGUAACCUGUUGGGACCUCUUCUGGAUUUACUCGAUGGCAGGAAUGACAAACCUUAUCCUCAUAUAAAAGGUGUGGACGCCAAAGAGGUUUUAAACCACUACAGAACCACGGACAGGUUCAAGCCUAGUCCGGAAACCAAGGCCAUCGUUGAUGCUAAAUUCAGAGCUAUGGAAGUGCUGGAUCUGUUUUUCAACUUCAGUUUCAACACCAGAUUAGAGGGUUUUGUUGCCGAAUUCAAACAACUCUACCACGAGGCCCAGAGACCGAACUCUUCUCCGCCAGAGUUAGCUCCCCUGCUCUACGACAGUUUUGACCUAGACGACCACUUCAGAGUUCUGCCCAGCGUAAGGCGAUCCAUUCAGGAGUUGUUUGAGUCAACUGCUAUUUUCAAGGGCUUCGAUUUGGCAGGAAUUUUGAAGGACCUGUCUAACUACGAGUAUGACUACAUGGUUACACAGUCGAUGAAGCUAUUAAGUCGCUACUACUCCUCACACGAAAGUCUCUUCCAUAGGGCAGUUCAAGCACAGGUGUUACUGACAGACGAAUCAAUGUCAGUUCUGUAUCAAGUCCGGAAAAUUAUGCCAACUUUGCGUCAUUUGUCGACGGCAAAAAUGAGUGAAGAGCAAACUUCCCGAAUGAUUCAAAUACUCACCGAGCUUGCUGACCUCUGUUGCCUUGACGACGACCCGGAAGAGCGUCAUCCAAUGAAUCAGACGAUUUUGUACAAUCAUGGUAUAAUUGAGGACAUCUUCCAGAUUCUGACACAGGAUGUUGACAUCAGGCUUCUUGACCAAUACCAAGGUCUACAAACUGUCUUCAAAAUGGCCUUUGACCUAUUGCGCGUGAUGGCGCGAGGCAAUCCUGUCGUGCAACGCCGUCUGUUUGACAGACUGGAUCUCAUUCUGGGCGUGAAGGGAGCGGAACCGGAAAUGGCCAAUGCCUUGAAGGAGGUGUUUACUGGUAACAAGAACUGUUGUAUGCGAAUUUUGCCGACACAAGUGCAGAAAAUCAUGACUUUAGCGGCCGACCAUCUGAGCAAGGCGCCACAGUUCCUGGAUCUCCUGAACGCUGUCGUGAAGGUUGAAGAACUGGAUCUUCCCCUGAAGAGGAACCAAGCGUAUGUGAUGAAGUACUUCAUGCAGUAUAGGUCCGAGGUGGCUUUCGUCAUUGAUCAACCAAGAGACAAAAGGUACGAGUCCAACGAGAUUUUGCUGACGGGCAAAGGGGACACCUUGACUUACCUGAUCGCCCUCGUGGAUAUGCUGGCGACUUGCGCUGAGGGAGAAAAUCGCUUUAUCGAGUCUAUCUGCCAAACGAUAUUCACAAUCGAGGAAUUAUUGGAGAUUUUGACGAACGAGUCCAUCAGCAAUAAUCUGAAGCGGCCAUUCUUACGGUUCCUGUUGUGGGUAUAUCUGAACACGGCAAGUGGGAUGAUCGAGAGUGGUGCUGGAGAUCUUCCUCACGACAGUAUGAUGUGGGAUUUACUGUCUGCUUUGCCCUUCGUUCUCAAGCAGCUGACAGAAUUCAGCACGACAAAUGAGGCGAUGGUAAAGCAGCUGUUGAAGAGCCCGCCAUCUAAAAGUGGCUCUGAUGAGAAAUCUGAAGCUCACAGACAUCACGGCAGUCUUCAUUACAUCUUCGAGGCGUGUUUGCCGUUUUUGCAGGUGUUUUUCCGUUCCUACUACCAGCCGGACGGCUCCAAGUCAGAGGAGGCGGACAAAGUAGAUAUUCUUGCCAGAUCAUUGGUGGAUUUCUCCAGUGCUCUGGGUCCCCUCAUCAGUAACCCCACCCACAUGAAGGUCAUGGUGUCCUCUGUCAGCUCUGUGAUGUCUGCCUCCACUCUACCUGUACAGGUAAUGGAAGAUUUCCAGGAGAAGUAUGGAACAGCUAGUCAACAGCAACAGAUUAAAAGUGAUGCCAGGAAGAAAUAUGAGGAGAGUUUUUCUGGAGAAGAAGAGAUCAACGACAGUCUAAAUGUGUUCGCUGUGAACUUUAGCAUUGCAUACGGAGGGGAAAAUACGGUUAAGGCACAGAUAGGAUUCCACAGUAACGAAGAGUACACAGAAAUAGGAGGAGAUGAGGACUUGCCCCUGGGGCCAGAGUUUCAGGAGUACAUCGCCUGUUUCAUCAACCAUAAGGCCUCAGAUUUGAAAGAACAGUACAAGAUGGCAGGGAAACUGAUACAGCAGUUAUCAAUUUCCCACAGCAGAACAAACAUGUCAGAGAAAGAGAAGGUUGAGCAGGAGGAGCUGGACAUCAAGUGCCUGAAACUGUUACGAGGUAUCGUCCAUAACGAAGUGGUAAAGCUUCCCAGAGACUGGGAAAACAACGCCAAAGGAUGUCACAAACAAAUCCAAAAAAUUCUGAACGUCGUGACUGCUCUGAACGACCACGGCGCAAUGUUGGAGAUUCUGCCUCAUUUGGCCAAGCAAAGCGAUGACCUCGUCAGAGAAGCUCUGGCCUUCAUGGUCGCCAUCUUGUUUGGAGGACAUGAGGGAGUGCAGCAAAGUCUACUCGACUAUUUCCUUGGAACACGAGAAGAAACUUUUUUCUUUGCCAUCAAAAACAGAAUGCAGCUUUCUGCAAUGGCGGCAAAGGAAAGGCGUUUGUUGAUGGCCCAACACCAGGCUAAAGUCGAGGAGGCCAUUGCACAAGCGAAGGCCCUAAAGAGAGCCAUGCUGCAUGGCCACGUGGCCACCCAGCAUAUCCUGGGCCAAUCAGCCCUAGGGUCGGCUUUACUGGGGGCCCAGGGCUCUAAACUAGCUUUACAAGAGGGUAUUAGGAAGUCAAAUACGCGGAAAAUGAAAGCCAAAAUGGGGAGUUCGGGAAAGUUUGGAAGCCGUCUGGGCGUUUCCAGGCCCAUCAUACCUUUCAAUCAUAGCCCAUUGGGCUCCAUCGUUCCUGUGUCGCCCGCAAGUCAAGUCAUCAGCGAUGGUCCACCAAUCAACGGGUCUAUAGAAAUGAAACCGCUUGAGAAUAAGCCAUAUGUUGGAAACGUCGUGGCGUCCAAGCCGAGCCAGGUGGCGCCACUUCCAGGUGUGGAGAUCAGCGUCAAAGUGGACACGGAAUCCAUCGAGGAAGCUGAAGAUGCGGAGUUGGAGGAGCUGGCCCAGCUGUUGCUGUCACAAGAUACAGAGGACCUGGAGUACAGGGAUGACGGCUACAUCGAGCUGGUACUGAGGCUGCUGGGACAGAUGUGUGAUGGACAGAACCAACAAAUACAGGAUUAUAUACGAGAGCAACCAGAUAACAUCAAAAGUGUCAACUUGGUGGCAGAGACGUCCAAAUUUCUUAGCAUUGUGUACUCAAAUAUCAACAAGAAUUCAAUAGGACUUGUGACUCAACUUUUCAGCACACUGAAUGAGUUCACUUCAGGUAACUCCCGGAACCAGGCUAAUGUGUUUGACAACAAAGUCUGUGACUAUGUUAACCACGUGCUGAGAUCCACACAGUUUAAAGGCUGCACAGUCAGUGAGAUCUAUGGAUUGAAAAGCGCGAUCGGUUACCUGAUGAUGUCGUUGAUGGAAGAGAACAGAGCGAAGUUCACAGACAACGGUCCAAAAGUCUACAAUGUCGCCAAGGAAGUGAUGGAGAGUCUGGAUCGCGAGACGUUGUUCGGUGUUAUGACGUCAUGUUAUCAGGAAUCUCAGGCAAUUCUGGGUAAGACGGAAUCUGCCCUACACCGGAAACAGGAAGCGGAACUGGUAGGGUUCCUCUAUUAUCACAUACUGUGUCGAAUGGUGGACCUAGACGAGGACGGCAUCAUCAAAAAGUCAUCCUUUCUAAAGACGCCUGCAGACGAGGCAGUCUGGGAGUUUUAUAACGACAGCACCCUCUCCGUGGAGAUCCUCAAGGAUGAUGUGCUGCAGAAGGUUUACUUCCGGGUCAAAGACAAGAAUGUGCUACGGGAAGAGAUCAAGGAGAAGUUUAAAUACAGCGUGGAUAGGUCAUCACCCAGUGACAAGAUACGAGACUUCAUGGAAUGGGCACUGGAUAUUAUUAAAGACAUUAAGUACCAGGAGAAAAUUCACGCUAACAAACUGCUCCAGUUCUUCGUCAAGUUUGGUUGGUGGUUUAACUUCUUCAACCUGAUCAUCAGUUUAUUGAUUUGCCUGUUGGUGCUGAUUUCCUGGGAAGCGCCCACAGCCGCUGAUGGCAGUUACAUCAUAAACCAAACUGGUGCCACGGUGCCCACGUCAAGUUUCGAGGGAGUGGACGUCUUACGAUUCGUUUUCAGCGCCCUCCAUAACAUCCUGUCCGUAUGCGUAGUGGUCAGCUACUUCCUGUCAAAUCGCCCCUCAUUGCCCAGGGUCGUCAAGAAAUAUGUUAUCCGCGGUGUUCCAGAAGAUUACAACUCCCCGUGGAUGAAGCAGGAUGACGACCGAGAAUCCCACCUGGAGGUCAAACUACUCAGCUUCAGAACAGCGUACUACAUUACGUUCCUGGUAUUCUCCGCAUUGGGCACGGCUUUCUAUGGCUACUUCUUCGCGUUCCACUUGUUGCACAUUGCCUCAAUGAACCAGCUUCUGAGCAGAGUGAUUGGGGCUGUCACCAAAAACGGUUUGUCUCUAAUCAUGGUAGCCAUCUUGGGAUUGAUCUUUUUCUAUAUCUACGCCCUGAUCAGCUUCGCUUUCUACAGAGAGUUGUACAACACGGCUAGUGGGCGAUACUGUGGGCGGAUGUACGAGUGCUUCAUUACCAUUAUUCACCACGGCCUAGUGGAAAACACAUACAAUUACCUUAUCGAAGAGGUGUCAAACCAGCCGUUCGGCUACCAUCUGGUCCUGGCGAUUUACAAUGUCACAUUUUUCAUCCUGGUCACCACCAUUGGUCUCAACAUCAUCUUCGGUAUCAUCGUCGAUACCUUUUCAGAACUCAGAGAUUCUAAGUGGCAAGUCGACCACGACAUGACCAACGUGUGCUUCAUCUGCAGCAGGAGUAGUUAUGACUUCGAUCACCAUGCUGGGGGAUUUGAACAGCAUGUGAAGAGGGAACAUCAUCAGUGGUCUUAUCUGUUCUUCUUCAUGCACCUGGAUGAGACGAGACUAAACGACUACACCGCGAUACAGCUUCACAUCUACAGAAUGCUUGUCAAGAAAAACUACGACUUCUUCCCUCUUCACAGAGCUCUGAGUUUGCUGGACGAGGGAGAUGCCACGGACGCGAAGAUUGACUCGUUAAUGACACAAGUUAAUUACCUGGUGAACAAGAUGAAAGAAGAGGAUUCGAGGAAGGAGCGAGAAAGAGAAAGAAAGAAGCAGAUGGAAUGGAAGAAGACAUACCGCCAGCCAGAGGAAGACUCUUCUUGAACAUCACGUGACCGCUGACAAAGAAAAGUU